GAGAGGCCUCACUGAGAUGCCAGAAGUUUGCCACUUCCCUGUUUCUGAAAGCUCUAGCUGAUUUUUUCCUGAUAGAGAACUGAGGAUGGAACUCAGCUCUCAUCCCCAGCAAGACAAAAGGUUGUGCACAAAAGUCUUUUGGGCAGUGUUUCCUCAUGCCUUCUUCAUCUCUUCUCUUGUGAUCUAUGCUCUUCUGGGGGCUGUCAUGUUUUCUCACAUUGAGGGUAAUAGAGACUGGAAUGAAAGUGAAGAAUUUAGGAAUUUUAUGCUGGAUCUGCGGAACUUCUCAAAAUAUCUAACAGAAAAUAUGACAGAAAAUGAGGAGGUCUUUAAGAAUAAAACCCGUGAGUUGCUCACCAAAGCUAAGCUGGAAUGGUUUGACAAUCCAAAAGAACAAUGGUCUUUCCUUGGGUCUCUCUUUUUCUGCUGUACUGUGUUCACAACAGUGGGUUAUGGCCAUAUCUACCCCAUAACAAAGUCUGGGAAAUAUUUGUGUAUGCUAUAUGCUUUAUUUGGUAUACCUCUGAUGUUCUUGGUUCUGACAGACCUGGGAGACAUCCUUGCAGCUAUCUUAUCCAAGUCUUACAAUGAAGUUAGAAAACUUCAGUCAAAAAUGCUAGCCUCUAAAGCAUCUAAACGGUGUUCUGGAUGCAUCUGUAAGAAAAACAGUGAUAUAAAAACGGAAUCAUCAUUGCUUAUGCAACACAAAAUAGUCAUCCAGGAACCUUUAAGUGUCACAGAAGUGCUGAAAAGUCAAUCCUCCAUUAAAAGGAAGUCACUGGAAUACCAGAAUGCUGAAAUAUUUGAAAUACUCGUUGCAAAAGAAAAUCAAUACCUUUUGUCACCAAAAAUUAAUAAAUUUGAACGAUGGAGUUCAUGUCCUGAACUGGAUUCAGGGAGGAUGAUCUGCGUCACUGAAAAUUUUGACAAAAUGGGCAAAGAAAUUGAAAAGUUAGAUGUGCCCAUCUUGCUAAUGGCACUAAUUGUCUUUGCAUACAUCUCCUGUGCAGCAGCGAUUCUUCCCAAUUGGGAAAGCCAUAUGGAUUUUGAGGAGGCUUUCUACUUUUGCUUUAUCACCUUGACAACAAUUGGGUUUGGUGAUAUUCACUUGCAACAUCCCAACUUUUUCUUGUUUUUUUCCCUCUAUAUUGUCAUUGGCAUGGAAAUAGUCAUCAUUGCUUUUAAGCUGGGCCAAAACCGAUUGAUUGGCUUAUACAAAAAGGUGAUUUCAUAUUUUAAUAAGAUGACGACACAGUAUGAGAAGUAUCCAUUUAAAAAACAGUCAUAAUUUCCCCCAGUCAAAUUCAUUGGCAAAUGCAAUCAGAUGAAAUUGUUAGUGUGUUUUCUUCUCCCUGCUUUGCGAAAGACUUUGGCAUAUUUCCCUCAUUUAUAUGAGCUCUGUUUGUUCUGAAAUCAUUAAUAACAUGCUGUAAACUGGUGGGAUGCCUGAGGACAGGUGUAGGCAGGAAAACUAGACAGGUGCAGGCAGGAAGGAUUUUCCUCAAGGGAUAUUUGAAACCAGAAAAAAAAAUCAACUAAUAUUUUAAAAAAACCUCCCCAGGCAGGAUUCUGCUCAAUCUUAUGUGCCCUAGCAGCAGAAGUCUGUCUGCCCGCAGACAGACUCUCUUUUCUGCCUCCCAAAGUGUCAAAUUAUGGUUCUUCUCCACAGCACCUGCAGAAGCAGAGCUAAGGAUUGCUUCUUACUCACCAGAGCCAGAGAGUAGCCGUGUCCUGUUACACACAUACCCACCCACCCACCUCCUUUUCUAGUGGCAGAACCAGGCCUGAGAUAAUUAAGCAUAAUUAAGGUAUGCAUGUCAGUGUAGUAUUAAAAAAGGGCUAAUUUUGCUCAAAACCCGUCUCCCCCUCCAUCUGUUUUGUAAUGUUCAGGCAGUGCAAAACAGACAGAAGAUUGCUCCUGAAUGGAUAUGUGAGGAUGCUCCUUGGGCAGCAUCAUCCCUGGGUAACACAAAGCCCAUCAACAUAGCUGACUCGAUGGCACCCAUUUCCUGCCCCUGCACAGCAGGCCUGGCAGGAGUACACUGGACUCUGGCGAUCUCUAACUGACCAAGUAUCUGCUAGAGGAUUAUUCUAGUUUAUGUAUCUAUAGCAGUUUUAGGCUGCUUUAAGUUAUGCAUGGAACCAAACAGAUUUUUGGCUAGCUCCAGGAUCAGAGAAGUGGAAAAAUAGCUUAGCCACCUUCCCCACUCCCCACCCCCAUUCACUGCUCAGCCAAACCUGCGGAUCUAGCCCAAAGUUUUUAACCUUGAAAAUAAUAAUUUAUUCGAUAACUUUCAACAUGGCUUUGCAGUUAGGAACAGGAUGUUUGAAUUCAAAGUUAAAUACCAUAGAUUCAGAAACUUUACUGUCCUCCACAGUAAAACAAUUUCCUAUAUUAAGGGUCAGCAUAUGUAUACUUUCAACUCUUUGUACUCAGCAUAGUGGACAUGUUUAUAGUGUUUAUCUAUAACAUGCAACCACUAAUCACAGUUUCUAGUCUCAAGAUAGCUAUUGGUGGGAAAACAUGCAGCAAACCCAAGACUGUUAUAAUUUAUGAACUAUAGCUAUUGGUAUAUAGUAUAGCAAGGCAGUAUGGUUUAAACUGACACAGCUUGGCACUAGAACCCUAAAAGCCCUGAGCACUAAUUUCAGCUUUGCUACUGACUAUCAUUGUGGCUUUGGGCAAGCCACUUCACCUACAUCACUUUCCCAGUCUGUAAGUAGGGAAACACGACUCCCCACAGCCAGGAAUGUCGUGCAAUUUACAUAGGUAAAGCUUAUUAUGUAUUCUGAACCUGUAAAAGCACAAUAUAUGUGCCAAGUGUUAGUAAUAAUUUUUACUAAACAAAAAAAUCCUAUCAUGCCAACUAUACGUCUUUUUAUGUAUCAAAACUAGUUACGUAUUCUAUAAAGAGCACCACUGCAUUUAACAACUCUGCCUUGGCUUGUAAACUAUAAGCUUAAAAAUGGAAUUUGAAUGAAGACUCUGAAUAUUAUAGUGCAUUCUGAUCAUGAUGUGAUAUACAUUAUUUUUAUUAGCAGGUUUGCCCUUUGAAGUUGAUAUUUUCUGAAUAUUUAUAUGGCAUCUCAUGUAAUCUCAAUGAAUAAUGGUGAUUUAUAUUCAGUACUAAUUAUUAAUGGUUAUUAGCAGUAAUUAAAUGCAGAUGAUGUACAAAAUACAUGCACUGAACAAAAUGUGUUGUAUACUAAAAUUAUUAAUA